AUGGCGUCGUCGCCUCCUUCGUCCUCCGCCAGGGGUGAUUCUAAUGAUGGACGUGGUGAAGUACGAUCCGUGGUGCCGAACGACCACAACGUCCUGCAGAAGCACGUCGCCUUCUUCGACCGCAACCACGACGGCCUCGUGUAUCCAUGGGAGACAUUCCGAGGCUUUCGAUCGAUCGGGGCCAGCCUCCCCCUGUCCACCAUCUCUGCCAUCCUCAUCAACAUUGCGCUCAGCCAGAAAACUCGCCCUGGGAAAUUCCCUUCCUUUCUGUUUCCGAUCGAAGUCAAGAACAUCCACAAGGCCAAGCACGGAAGUGAUUCCGGCGUUUACGAUUCUGAAGGAAGGUUUGUUCCGUUGAAAUUCGAAGAAAUCUUUCGCAAGCACGCGCAGACGCACCCGGACGCCUUGACAUCAAAUGAACUGCAGGAGAUGCUCAAGUCCAACAGGCAACCCAAGAACUACACAGGCUGGGUGGCGGCCUACACGGAAUGGAAGGUCCUGUACAUUCUUUGCAAGGACAAGGACGGCCUACUUCACAAAGACACGAUCCGGGCCGUGUACGAUGGGAGCUUGUUCGAGCACAUGGAGAAGGAGCACAUGGAGAAGGGCCGAGCAUCGAAUAAGCAGAAGGAUUAAAUUCGAUCUGACGUUAGGGCGGAACUGCCGCGGCGUCCGGCAUCCCCAUUAGCUGGCUGUACAUUCCGUUUGCAAUUCGAAUCAAUUAUUCAUGCAUCGACGACAAAAGACAAUAAGUAGAAGCAGAAACCAACAUGGGUUUGGCUUCUUGAUUGAAGUGUGUUUUUUAACUGAUGGUUAUUUAUAGUGUAAGUAUUCUAGGUCGUGCUGCCUUGGUUUGGCGGAGCCGAUAUCGUGUGCUACAAUAUAGCUUUACCCACUUUCCGUGCGCCGGAUUUAUGAUGACACUUGCGAUUUCGUUUUCAUGGGAUUUGAUGGGAACUUAUGAUCCUUA